AUGGGAAACGAGAAAGAACAGCCAACUACAUGUCCAUCAUCUAGCUCAAAUCCUCCAUCGGAGAAUUCUGGUUAUGGAUUUCAAGGAAUCAUGGAACCUCCGACUCCUAUCAACAAUACAAGCUCUGCCACGAGCAAGAUAGUUGGUUCAGAACUCGAUAAUAGAGCUGAUGGUGGGGAAUCUGAAGCACCUUGUAGAUCUCCUAUAGUUGAACGGCGUACUGAGGAACGACCAAAUCAUACGGAAUCUAAUAGUGGCAGUCCCUUGAAAUCUCAAAAUGUCGAAGUGGUUGAUGAUGAUACGAUUGAGGAGCCAAAGUCGGGAAUGGAGUUUAAUUCCCUUGAAGAGCUAUUAUGUUAUUAUAAGGAAUACGGUAAAAAAUGCGAGUUUGGGGUGAUGACAAAAUGGAUUGAUAGGGGAGAAGAUGAAUCUGUUAGAUACGUCACUCUUUGUUGUGCCCGAGGUGGGAAGGCCCGGAAUAGGACGUUGAAUGUUGCCAAGCCACGUGCAACAGGAAAGACAGAAUGUAAGGCAAUGAUUAAUGCCUUAAAGCAAGAUGGAGUGCUGAGGUUGACGACAGUACAUAAUAUCCAUAACCAUGACCUCAGUCUGAAGAAAUCCCGCUUCUUUCGAUGUAAUAGAGAAGUUAGUGAUGCCGUAAAAAGGGUCCUAGAUACCAAUGAUUUGGCUGGCAUCCGAGCGAGUAAGAGUUACGGAUCUCUCGUUGUUGGAGCGGGUCGAUUCGAGAAUCUCCCAUUUCUCGAAAAGGAUUGUCGCAAUUAUAUUGACAAGGCAAGACAUCUACGACUUGGCGCAGGUGGUGCUGGAGCGCUUCGACAGUAUUUCUUACGGAUGCAAUAUAAAAAUCCUGGAUUUUUUUAUAUGAUGGACAUAGAUGAUGACGGGAGGUUAAAGAACGUCUUUUGGUCAGACCCCCGUAGUAGAGCAGUGUACAUAUAUUUCGGCGAUGUGGUGACAUUCGAUACCACAUACCUAACAAAUCGAUAUGGGAUGCCCUUUGCACCAUUUGUUGGUGUAAACCACCAUGGGCAGUCAAUUCUGUUGGGAGCCGGCUUGAUUUCUAGUGAGGAUACUGAGACAUUUGUGUGGUUAUUCGAGACAUGGUUGCAAUGCAUGGAUGGUAUCGCUCCGAAAGCAAUUAUCACUGAUCAAAAUAGAGCGAUGAAAAAUGCAAUCGCUCUUGUCUUUCCAAAUAGCCAGCACAGAUUUUAUCUUUGGCAUAUACUGAAGAAAGUUUCCGAGAAACUUGGCUCAUAUGGUUCCUACAAAACUGGGAUGAAAAGUGCCUUGAUGAAAUGUGUAUAUGACACCCAACGUGUUGAUGAGUUUGAGAAGUGUUGGGAUGAGUUGAUUACCACUUACAACUUGCAUGAGAAUGCGUGGUUGCAGAGCCUUUACGUUGAGUGUGAACAUUGGAGGUUCCAAGAGUUGUACACGAUUGCGAAGUUCAAGGAAAUUCAGCAGCAAGUCAACGGCAUCAUUGACUUGAAUCCGAAGUUACAUAAAAGUGAUGGUGCAGUAAAGACAUAUAUAGUUGAGGAUGAAGUAGCUUUGGAGGAGUUCACUAAGUUGGUUCGGCAUUUUGUGGACUUUAGUGAGGAUGAUGCAGUUGCAAAGUGCUCUUGUGGUUUAUUUGAGAUGAGGGGGAUAUUGUGUCGGCACAUCUUGGCUACGAUUACUCAUGCAGCUGGUUCGAGAAAGCAUACUGAGGAUGCGAGAAGUAAGUUAUAUGCCAUGAUUGAGCUGUAUCGUGCCAAUGAAGAACCCCCAUCUUUCACUCAAAUUGGUUCUAAUGUGGAUCCUUCGGCAAAUGACACUACGGUCGGGUGUUCUGGGGAAGUACACAGUCCACGUAUUGUGCGAGGCAAAGGCAGACCUCCAUCUCUAAGAAGAGCAUCCAGGAUGGAGAUAGACAUGAGAAAAGCCAAAGCAAAGACGAAGAAAGCACCGGUAAAGGGAAACCGGAAAGAGCGAGAUGGAGGAGAUACUCGGGUCGUGGAGAAAGGAGAUACACCUGUUGCGGAAGUAUGCAGGAGUUUAUUUGGCACUUCUGAGAUUGAUCUCUCCAAUGUUGGAGACAUGCAGCAGGCUAUUCCGGGUGUGGGUAUAGACAUUACUGGAACACAGUCCCGAGAAAUCGUGAUGCAGAGUCAAGAAAGCAUAUUCGGACGCCCAGCUGGAAUCAUGGUGCUGUCUAACAGCAAUUUGGCCUAUAAUCGAUAG